AUGCAGACGAUCAAAUGUGUUGUGGUCGGUGACGGAGCUGUCGGUAAAACAUGUCUUCUCAUUAGUUAUACCACCAAUAAAUUUCCAUCUGAAUAUGUGCCCACAGUUUUUGACAAUUAUGCGGUAAGCUUUUACAAAUUCAUGAAAAGUGAAUGAGAUUUUUAAAAAUACAUUUUUGAAAGCUUCCUAGCUAUAGUUGGACAUCGAUUAAAUGAAAUUUUCAUGUUUUUAAGCAAGUGAGUUGAAAUAUUGGGUUCUAAUGUUAUUCAUAGAAUAGAAUGGUCUAAGACGAACAGAAUGAUAUAAAUUUUGAUGACUUUAGGUUAUCCUUAAGUGAUUUAGCGACUUAUCGACUAAAUUACGACUAAACGUCGCUAAAUCACUUAUGGAUAACCUAAAGUCAUCAAAAUUUAUAUCAUUCUGUUCGUCUUAGACCAUUCUAUCCUAUGAAUACCAUUAAAAUCCAAUAUUUUGAUUCACUCGCUUAAAAAACAUGAAAAUGUCAUUUAGUCGACGUCCAACUAUAUCCCUAGCUCAAAUAUGUUUAUAUUUCAUGAAGUCUAUAUAAAUAUGUGGAUUAUAAAUCUUCCAAAAGUAAAAUCAAAAACAUACUUUAUUGUUAUUGUUGUAAAUUUUAAAAAUGCUAAACCGCUAGCAAUAAAAAACCAGUUUAUUUUCCACCACCAAAAAGCUUGUAAAACUAUCAUAUUUCACUCAUCUCAUCCCACUUUCGCCAUAUGUUUGAGGAGCUUUUGACCACACGAAUAAAUCAUUUUUUAUUUCUGUUUACAAGAUUCUCAAUAAAAUCUUUGCAGGUGACUGUAAUGAUAGGUGGCGAACCGUACACUUUGGGAUUGUUCGAUACAGCCGGACAGGAGGAUUAUGAUCGAUUACGACCAUUGUCGUAUCCACAAACCGACGUGUUUUUGGUGUGUUUUUCAGUGGUGGCGCCGGCGUCGUUUGAGAAUGUUAGAGAGAAGGUGAGAUUUGGGGGGGGGCUUGUCUGAAAUUUUUGAAGCGUUUUUUUUUGUGAAAUGAAUUAUAAUUAGUCCGGCAACUAUAGUUGGACAUCGACUAAAUAGCAUUUUCAUGUUGUUUAAGCAAGUGAGUUGAAAUAUUGGGUUUUAAUAGUAUUCAUAGGAUAGAAUGGUCUAAGACGAACAGAAUGAUAUAAAUUUUGAUAAAUUUACGUUUUCCAUAAGUGAUUUAGCGACGUUUAGUCGAUAUUUAGUCAAUAAGCCGAAUCGAUCGACUAAACGUCGCUAAAUCACUUAUGGAUAACAUAAAGUUAUCAAAAUGUAUAUCAUUCUGUUCGUCUUAGACCAUUAUAUCAUAUGAAUGAAAUUAGAAUCCAAUAUUUCAACUCACUCACUUAAAAAACCUGAAAAUGUCAUUUAGUCGAUGUCCCACUAUAAUCGGCGGGGAAGAUUUAUUUGAUUUGGGGAGGGGAGGGGGUAGAUAAUCGAAUUUGAAAGCGGAAAUCUGAAAUCUGAAGAGAAAACUCUGAAUAUUUGGUUACAUAUAGCGUUUUCAAUUUAAAAAUGACAAAAGAAUGCUAAAACUUAAAAAUCUGAAAAAUCAUAAAUUUUAGCCACGACAAAUUCCAACGAAACCCAGAAAUAAUCAAUGUCUAUAAUGAAAGAUAUUCGUUUCUAGAUACCCACAAUCUAAACUAGAAGUUGCGAAAGUUUUCUCGAUUACAUAGAAUUUAUUUUCCUCAGGAUCUAUAAAUAAUUGAGCAAACUUUUUCGCAACUUCUAAUUUAGAUUGUGGAUAUCUAGAGACGAAUAUCUUUCAUUUUAGACAUUGAUUAUUUCUGGAUUUCGUUGGAAUUUUUCGUAGCUAAAAUUUCAGAUUAGUUGCAGUGAAUUUUUUUGUGAUUUUGAAGUUUUUUUUGCAUUCUUUUGUCAUUUUUACAUUGAACACGCUAUUUCUGGGUUUUUUUUUGGAAUUUGUCUUGAAGAAAAUUUCAGAUUAUUCAGUCAAGCUCUGAAAAUACAAAAAUUCUUCCCAAAUCAGUCAAAGUUGGAUUUUUGAACUUCCCUAACUACACUUAAUUGUAGACUUCCUAAUCAUUUAUCCCUUUAUUUCUAUGAUAAGGAAAUAUUUUUACACAAAAAAAUUUUCCAUCUUCCAAAAAUCGUUAAAACAUACUUCAACAAAAUUUCUCACGUCACAACAACAAAAACGGACAUUUUUUUCAGUGGGUUCCGGAAAUCUCGCAUCACUGCUCAAAAACACCAUUCCUUUUGGUUGGCACACAAGUCGAUUUACGAGAUGAUCCAGGAAUGUUGGAGAAGUUGGCGAAGAAUAAACAAAAACCAAUUUCGACAGAUGUCGGAGAGAAAUUGGCGAAAGAAUUGAAGGCGGUGAAAUAUGUUGAGUGCUCCGCUUUAACGCAGGUAUGGUUUUUUUGGGGGGUAAUGGAAGGUUGGGAGGGAAAUCUGAAAUUUUUCAAUGUGAAAUUCCGUGGAAGUUAUCCAAACCUGAUAAAAAGCGAAUUUUUCAAUAAUUUUUCUGAUUUUUUGAAAAAUUAUUUUUUGAAAAAAUUUUUUUUGAAAAAUUAUUCAAAAACUCUUAUUUUCAUAAAGUUUCGAAUUUUUGAAUAAAUAAACUACGAUUCGCUUAAAUUUUGUUGUGAAAUUUUAGGUAUAGGUAUUCUAGGCUCAAGAAAUCUUUCAAGGCGUGGCUCCUUACCAGGGAGAAUCUCUAGAUGCCGCUACUAGACUAUUGGGUUCUUUAGGCGUGGCUACUUGACAACUAGGACUUCUAGGCUACAGUACUUGACAUAAAAGCUCUGAAGGCGUGGCUCCUUAGCAGAGUGGAUCUCUAGAUUCUGGUCCUAGACAAUUAGAUUCUUUAGGUGCGGCUACUUGAGAAAUAGGCUCUCUAGGCAAGUCUGCUUGGAAUAGAGGCUUUCAAGGCGCGGCUCCUUGCUAUUAGGACUUCUAGGCUCCGGUACUUGACAUAGAAGCUCUCAAGGCGCGCCUACUUGGAUUUCAAAAUUUUAUUCUCUCAAAAAUUAUCCAAUUUUCUAAAAUUACCCUAAUUUUUCCCCCAAUUUUCAGAAAGGUUUGAAAAACGUGUUCGAUGAAGCAAUAUUGGCAGCCCUCGAUCCACCACAACAAGAAAAGAAGAAGAAGUGCUCAAUUCUCUAA